ACCGGGUUUUGCAGAGCUGAGAUCUGCGGUCUCCAGUUGGAAACGCACAUGCGAAGCUGUUCCCAAGCCAUCGGACUCAUCAGGAGACUUGGGUGAGGGCUGUGAUCUCCUGCACCGAUCACUUCCCUUAGAACGCAACGCUCGCACGUCACAGCAGCUCCAGACCCUGCUGCUACCGGAAAGUUACAGGCACAGGAACCGUGAAGACCAGCGCGGCCCAGGAACCGCGGCUCUUGCAAAAUCAACAGAUAUUUCUUUAAAAAAAAAAACCCAAAAAACUCAAACCUGAGGUUACAGUGCAUUUUUAACCAACAAAGUGAGGGGAAAGAGAAAGACACUGUCACCAGGAACCCAGUCUGGAGAAUCGAGGAAAGUUCUUCCCAGGAUGGUCUCCCACUCAGAGCUGAGGGAACUCCUCUGUUCAGCUGAUGCAGUGUGUUUUGAUGUUGACAGCACAGUCAUCCAAGAAGAAGGGAUUGAUGAGCUGGCCAAAUUCUGCGGUGUGGAGGCUGCUGUGUCUGAGAUGACACGGAGAGCCAUGGGAGGGGCAUUGCCUUUCAGAGAUGCGCUCACUGAACGCCUGGCACUGAUCCAGCCCUCCAGGGAGCAGGUGCAGAGGCUCCUAGCGGAGCACCCCCCUCACCUGACCCCUGGCAUAAGAGAGCUGGUAAGUCGCCUACAGGAGCGAAAUGUUCAGGUGUUCCUCAUAUCUGGUGGCUUUAGGAGCAUUGUGGAGCAUGUGGCUGCUAAGCUCAACAUCCCAGCGACCAACGUGUUUGCCAAUAGGCUGAAAUUCUACUUUAAUGGUGAAUACGCAGGUUUUGAUGAGACGCAGCCAACAGCCGAGUCAGGAGGGAAAGGAAAGGUUAUUGGGUUUUUAAAGGAAAAAUUUCACUUUAAGAAAAUAAUCAUGAUUGGAGAUGGAGCUACGGACAUGGAAGCCUGCCCUCCUGCUGAUGCUUUCAUUGGAUUUGGGGGGAACGUGAUCAGGCAUCAGGUGAAGAGCAGCGCGAAGUGGUACGUCACUGACUUCGUUGAGCUGCUGGGAGGCCUGGAAGAAUGAUGUCAGCUUCAUGCUCGCUCAGAACAACUCCAAUUUCUCAAAGCUACAGUUAGGCUCUCGGGACAGUCCAGGAGAUAAGCUAGUAUUUUUCUACUGUAGCUCCAAUAUUAAUAUGACUACUAAUUACCUGGAGAGUUUUAUAUUCUGAAUUCUUUGUGUAUGUUCCUACCUGUAUCUUACCUGGAGCUUUCUGAGGUGCAUAGUAAAUUAAAUGCUUUUACUCUUA